AUGAGCGCCAGAAGCUUGUCAGAGGCUCGUGCAGAUCAUGGAGUAAAUGGAGGUUCCGGGCGCAUAUCAUGUGAAAGAUGUCGACGGCGCAAGGCCAAGUGCGACCGUGCCCGACCAUGCGGGCAAUGUAUCUCAGCCAACGUGGAGUGCAUAAAUACAGAUUCUAUGAAGAGGAGGCCGAUUUCUCGCUCUUAUGCCACCGCUCUUGAAGAGCAAGUCGCUUCCCUACAAGCUUUCAUCACGAACUUGGCAAGUGCUAGUCAUCUGGAACGAGACCAGAUGCUCGCAAACUUUCAGCAGUCAUCUGGUGAUCAUUUGCAACCGCCGACAAGGAACCCCGAGAGUUCGAGCCGUAGAGCAUCUAGAGGCUCGUUGCUGAGAAUUAAACCCCGCCAUAUGGCUCAGUUUUUCGGCGAGACAAGCUUCUACCCCAUAGUUCCGAGUGUAGACGAAGAGAUGGAUGAAGAUUUGAGACCAUCGCUACGGAGCUCCGAGCUCGAGAUACAGCAAGCCGCAAGCAGCACUGGGCCGAGUCCGCAAGGUGCAUCUGAUGCUGCCGCAUAUGGCCGGCUCGCUCCCGACAACCCGAUCUGUCAGCGCGCCAUGUCGGCCUUCUUUCAGCACGCAUAUUACUACCACAUGGUUCUGUACCGGGAGUAUUUCCUUCGUGACUAUAAAGCGGGCAAGGGCCCAUACUAUUCCGACCUCCUUUUUUACACUAUUGCCACUCUUGGUUCUCUCUUGAGUCAUGAGGAUGAAGUAAGGAGCCUGUCAGACGCGUUUUAUGAAUAUGCAGAGAAUAUUCUCUACGGGGGAGUACUAGACUCGCCAGAUGUUACCACAGUGCAAGCGCUGCUCCUCUUAGGGCAGCAUGAUGUGGGACGCGGGAAGCAAGCAAAAGGGUGGCUACUGACAGGUCUUGCUUUUAGGAUGGUCCACGAGAUGGGUUUGCAUCUUGAUCCGAAUCACUGGAAAACGACCCAUGACUCGGAAGUGGAUAGGGAGGUUCUCAGACGGGUAUACUGGGCGUGUUUCAUCGCAGACAAACAGUUAAGUCUAUACUUUGGGCGACCCCCUGGUCUUCAUUCUAGUGAAGCAGACGUGCAAGACUCUGUUCGCAUAGCAUAUCCCGUUGACUGGGACUCGCUGUUGGACGAGUACAUUGAGAAAGACACGUCUCGAACGCAGUAUGAGGACGGUGUUGCGUUCACCAGUUGUUUCACUCAACUAGCAAAUUUAUCGAAGAUCAUCCAUCGCAUGAUCACCAAGGACUUCGAGUAUAGGAAAACUGACGAUGCGACUAUUCUUGCGGCAUCGACGAAGUCGCUCUAUGUUGCCCUAACAAAAUGGCUCGUUGAGCUCCCGUCCAAGCUGCAUUGGAAUCAAUGGUCGAAGAACGCGGUGCCGCCAUAUGUACUUCAUCUCCACAUCUACUAUCACACUGUGAUGAUUAUAUUAUACCGACCGCCUCGAAGGUUAAUGUCCAAUCAUCUCGCCAUCUUCCGCCAGGGAUUCGAGAUCUGUGAACAGUCUCUCACCUUGAUCUUCCAACUAUUGAAAGUUUACUCAAGAGAAUACGGGUUUGAUCAACUACCAAUGACAUUUGUACACACCGCGGCGACUGUUACCAGCCUUGUACUGCUAAAGCUACUUGUGCCCGGCUUGUCUAGCGACUACAGUGCCACAGCUCGGCAGCUUGAGCAAGUAUCGGCGUUUGUCGAUAAGCUGGGUCGAACUUGGACGGCGGCAUCGCCCAUUCAGGCCGCGAUAAACGACGCCCGGAAAAGGAUCACUCAGACGGGUACUCUGCAGGAACCGAUCUCGUUUGAUUGUGAUAAUCUAAUGACAUUUGACUGGCAGGUAGGUCCAGAUCUGCAGUCAGCGUUUCACCUGUCUCCGGUUGGUUUCAGUGGUCUCAAUGUCCUAAGCGACCCAACCAUUCCAAACGAACAAACAAUACCCGCCCCUUACGAAUUACCAUUCCCAUGA